GCUUUUGAGGAGAUCGACCACCUUCACUUACAACAGACCCAACGAACAACUGAUACAACAACAACCAACCAUUACAGAACUGAAAGUCGGCAAGAUGCUUUUCACAACCGUCCUAGCGACCCUGGUCGCCUCAGUUGCUGCCGCCAAGGACGAGCGCACCUUCGCCGUGCUUCACCACUACGGCAACGGCCCCUUGACGACAUGCCGCGCCGACCCCAUCGUCUCUCCCGGCGGACCCUCGUCUCACGUCCACACCGUCAUGGGCGCGAGCAACUUCGGCUUCAACACCACGGGCGAGUCGCUCAAGGAGUCCCGCUGCACCACGGCCAAGCCCAAGGCCGACCUGAGCGCCUACUGGUUCCCAACGCUCUACUUCCAGGAUCCCGCCACCGGUCUUCUGGAGCCGGUCAAGUUCUACUACAUGAACGUCUACUACUUCUUCGAGCCCACCAAUGACGACAUCAAGGCCUUCCCGCUUGGCUUGCAGAUGGUGAGCGGGAACGCCAUGAUGAGGACGGCGCCGUCGAGCUCGACGGGCGCGACACAGCUGGAUCCUUCGCAGGGUCCUAUCCAGCCCGUCCAGAUCACCUGCCCGCGCGGCAACUUCGACCCGCCCAGCUGGCCGGCCGACUCGGACGGUUCCAUGGCGGGCAUCCAGGAUCCGCAGAACCAGGGCUCCGGAAUCGGCUUCCCCUUCCAGGACUGUGACGGCUACGCCUCGCCCAUGCGUAUCGAUGUUCACUUCCCCUCUUGCUACAACCCGGCCGCCGGCUUAACCGACUACAAGAACAACAUGCAGUUUCCCAAAGACGUGGGAGGCGGCAAGCAGGACUGCCCCGAGGGCUGGAUCCACGUCCCGCACAUCUUCUUCGAGACGUACUGGCAGACCCACGACCUCCUGCCUCGCUUCAAGGACCUGAUCGGCAAGGCCAGCCCCUUCGUCUUCUCCAACGGCGACACCACCGGCUUCUCGGCCCACGGCGAUUUCAUCUCGGGCUGGGAUGAGGAGGAGCUCCAGCACAUCAUCGACACGUGCGAUGCCCGCCACGCUGGCAUCGAAUCCUGCCCCGGCCUGAAGCUCGGCGUCAAUGACGGCAGCGAAUCGUGCAACAUCGAGUGCCCCGUGGACGAGAAGGUUGAUGGCAAGCUUGAGAAGCUGCCCGGCAACAACCCGCUCGCAGGCUGGGGUAAGGGUGGCGGCGAUGUCGUUGCUCCUGCUCCGUCGUCCAUUGCUGCUCCUACGUUGAUCGUCGCUCCCUCGUCUUCUUCGGCCGCUGCAUCGAGCUCGAGUCAGGCUCCGGCUGCGCAGUCUGCGAAGGCAUCAUCCUCUACUGCUGCCGCAGCUCCCGCGCCCGAGGCCACCACCCUCAUCAAGGUGCCCGUGUCGAGCGCCAAGCCAUCCGCGGCUGCCGACAACACUCCCACGAGCCAAGCCGUCGCCGCGCCGCAGACCACAGUGCAGGCGCAUACCACCACCAAGAAUGGCAAGGUAGUGACGAUCUACGACACGGUGACCGUGUGGCAGACCAAGACGGUCUACGCAGACGGCGCGGCCCCUACCCAAGGCGCACAGCAAGCCGGCAGCGGCAGCAGCGGCAAGUUCGCCGACAUCUCCGGCUUCAAGCACGUCGGCUGCUACAAGGAUGACAGCACUCGUGUCCUCAGCGGCGAGGUGCUCCCCAAGCUCGGGGCGGUCAGCAACACAGCGUGCGUCAACUACUGCGCCUCCAAGGGCUUCAGCGUCGCCGGCACCGAGUACGGCGGCGAGUGCUACUGCGGCAACGGCCUGUCGACGGCCGAGGAGCUGGAUGAGGCCAAGUGCCACAUGGCCUGCAAGGGCGACGAGGGCGAGGUGUGCGGUGGCGACUGGGCCCUGACGCUCUACACCAAGAGCGGCGAGGCUCCUUCCGUGAGCAAGCGGCAGGCGGCGGGACACCAGCACGGGCAUUACCUUCACCACGCGCGCGUGCCUUCGCGCCGCCACCACCACCACCGGAGAUAGACGCUCCAGGUGACAGCGGCGUAGAAGUCACUUGAUUUUCUCGGUCGUAUACCCUUUCCUCCCUUUUCCGGCUGUGGCGCCGUUCGUCGCGGUAGAGAUUUCUUCGGGGUUUUGCUCGUGGAUGGCCAUUUUUUUCUCGCUCGGGAGGAUUUGGAGAACCGGAUUUUGUUAGAGGGAAUAAAAGAGGCUGGAUACCAAAUUUAGGUUCUGGGGUUUUUCGUUUUUUGGAUUGUUACGAUGACAUGACGCUCGCUGCGGAGGACAGGCGCUACUACAUUCGAGGCC